GCCAAUUUUUAUGGUGAUAGUAAAUUUGAGAUUGAGCAUAUAUUGGAUUGGCCAACGGAUCUAACCCGACCAACCCUAAACCGAUGCCCAUCCAGCCACCAAAUUGAUUGUGUUGAGAUACUUGAUCUCUAUGCACCCAAACGCAGAGACCAGUGCCCUUCUCAGUUCAAACCCAACGCCAUAAACCCCCACACCAGUCCGUCUCGGGCGACUUCAACGGCGUCGAAGCAGUUGCGACGGCGGUGCCACCAUCUCUUCUCAAUUCCACCUCAGAUUUCGACUAAUAUUUCAGACUUGGACGCAACCGCAACCAAGGCAUGGUUUUCUUGAGCUGGGGCAGGCCAACUCCUCAGGAACAAAAAGCUUGCAUUGACAGGUCAGGUAGCUUUAACUAUGACCCUAAAUUCAAGGGAGCUACUGCCAAGUCCCUGUCUUCCCUCCAAGAAGAUAAAGGCCUCUCAAAAGAUGGCUUCUUGUUAAACCAUUCUCGCAAUUUGGUUGGUUCGGGUCUGGACACUUAUGAAAAGGGCAAGACGGCUCUUCAGGACUGGAGGCAUUUUGGAUUGAAUUGGGCAUUUGUUGAUCCGAAGACGCCAGUUCAAAAUGGAGUGAAGUUUUGUGUUUGCGUCAAGGAGUUUCUGCCAUGGGUCAUGAUGCCUCUCCAGGUUGUAUAUGUGAAUGAAAAUAAAAGAAGUAAACAGGCCAUGGCAUCUUUCCGUUUUGGAGGUGGUACCCUUCAAGGUCACCUGCUGGCUGGGGAAGAACGCUUCUCAAUUGAACUGGAUGAGAACAACCAAGUGUGGUAUGAAAUACUUUCCUUCUCGAAACCAGCUCACCCGUUGUCAUUCAUUGGAUACCCAUAUGUAAUGCUUAGGCAGAAGUACUUUGCUCAUCAAUCUACGAAUGCAAUCAUGAAACAUCUGAAUGCUUCAAAAUCCUAGUGUAUUUAUAUGCUAAUGAAAUUCCUUUUAUAAUAAAAGCCUUCAUUGUCGGUC